AAGAACGGUUUAUGCAGAGUGCUGAGCUCUCCAAUGGGACCGGCUACAGUAACAGAGCACUUCCUCCGAACCACCCAACCAGCUGCUCACUCCGAUCGAGAUAAAGAAUUCCCUUGCUGUACAAACCGAGUCUCUUUAAUCCGUUUGUAGCUUUGCCAUGGUGAAUAGGAGGAUGAUACCUAAGAAUUGGGGAUUGUUCAAAUUGAGGACUAGGUGGUCGAUUAUGAUGAAGUUCCAGAAGAUGAAGUUACUUUGAACAUGAAGUGUUUUCUCUGGUGAAACAAUAGUUCACAUGUUGAGAUACUUUAUAACUGCAAUGUGUUCUGUUUUUCUCAUCCAUUAUUGUCAUAUCCAAUGAUUUUAAUGGAACGUAUAGGGUAAUGGCAUAAUUUGAAGCAUCAGGAAUAAGCAUAGCAGGAUGAGCUGAAACAUUUUUAAAACCACAUUUGUUCUACAAGCAGCCUACUCAAUGAGCAUGCUCAAAAGUUGAAGAAACCACUCCCGUAGUAUCAAACUCACACUGAAGUAUGUGAAUGGCUACCUAAGUUCAAACCCACUAUGUUGAUUGAUGGCAUGAGCUAUGCAUCUUCAAAUACAUUUGAGCAGCGUAGAUGGCUGAAAUGAAGUCAAAGAAGGAAACAUCACAUCAUAACUCACUCGUGAAUAAUCAAACACAAUUCAAGAGGUUGGGUGCUUAUAUAUUGCAGUAUUACUUGGAUGGCUCCUUGGAGUUUUAGUGUCAGAGUUUAAAUCUUUACUCACUCAUACUGGUGGUGUGGAUGGAGGUUUCAAUACAAGCAUGUGUGGGAUAAUGAGGAGAAACUAGAUGCCCUACUUAUUCUCCGGUACUCAAAUCACAUACAUUCUAUCUCAACACGUCAAUGGCAUCUUCGUCAUCAUCAGCUUCUUGUUCCGCUCCAGCCUUUUCUUCUCAACCGUGGAAGUAUGAUGUUUUUCUUAGCUUUAGAGGAGAAGAUACCCGCAAGUCUUUUGUGGAUCAUCUGUACUCUGCUCUUGAACAAAAAGGGGUCUACACUUACAAGGACGACGAAAUACUUCCUCGUGGUGAAUCGAUUGGUUCAUCCCUUAUGGAAGCUAUAGAAGAAUCUCAAAUUGCUGUCAUUAUAUUCUCAGAGAACUAUGCAGAUUCUUCGUGGUGCUUAGAUGAACUGGCAUGUAUUAUGAACUGCAGGGAUGCGAAAGGCCAAAUCGUUAUGCCCAUAUUUUAUGACAUUGAUCCAUCUGAAGUGCGAAAUCAAAGACUAACAUACGGAGAAGCAUUGGCCAAACAUGAGUGGGUGAACAAGAACAAAGUUGGAUCUUGGGGAGAACCAGUUGGGGAUGACCUUUGGGGAUGGCUCUCUGCACCGAGUGAACAGAACCAGAAAAACCAAGAAGCUUUUGCCAAUCAUGAGUUGGAGAACAAAAUCCAGGUUGAAUCUUGGAGAAAAGCACUUGUGGAUGCAAGUAACAUUUCUGGAUGGGUAGUCAAGCAUAUUGCCAACGGGCAUGAAUCAAAGGUUAUUAAAGAAAUUGUCGCCAAUAUUUCACAUCGGUUGCAGCCACCAACUUUAUGUGAAAAUGAAAAACUGACUGGAUUAAAGGCUCGUGUUGAAGAUUUGAAAUCAAAGGUACAAAUUGGGUCAGGAGGUGUGCGCAUGAUUGGGAUAUGGGGGGUUGGGGGUGGUGGUAAGACUACUCUUGCAUCUUCUCUUUAUAAUGAAAUCUUUAGCAAGUUUGAUGGUUGCUGCUUUCUUGGAAAUAUUCGAGAAACAACAAGCAAGUAUGGUUUGGAAAAACUGCAAGAAAAAGUUGUUUCAAAUGUUUUGAAACAAAAAGAAGUAGAAAUAAACAGUGUUGAAGAAGGAAGACGCUUGAUGAAUUAUAGGUUUCGCUGUAAAAAUGUGUUACUUGUUCUUGAUGAUGUAGAUCACCUUGAUCACCUACACGCAUUAGCAGGAUCACAUAAUUGGUUUGGUGAAGGAAGCCGAAUAAUGAUCACAACUAGAGAUAAGCAUUUACUAAAUGUUUACGAAGUAGAUGUGAUACACAAUAUCAGUUUAUUACAUGAUAAUGAAGCUGGUGAGUUGUUUCUCAAGCAUGCACCUCGGGUUUACAAACGUAUAGUAGAGUUUGAGUUGCUUUCUAAAUAUGUGGUUUCUUACGCUGGUGGGCUUCCAUUAGCACUUAAAGUUCUUGGUUCUUUUCUAUGCGACAAAGACAUUAAUGAGUGGAUGAGUGCAAUAACCAGACUGAAAGAGAUCCCAGAUACUGAUAUUGUGGAAAAGCUAAAAAUCAGCUUUGAUGGCCUCAAACCACUUGAGAAAGAGUUGUUCCUAGAUAUUGCAUGUUUCUUUAGGGGGAGGGAGAAAGACGAGGCAAUGGAGAUACUUGAUGCUUGUGGUUUUCAUCCUGUUAUAGGAGUGAAGGUGUUGAUACAAAAGGCUCUCAUAACUAUUUCAGAAGAUGGGGAGUUUGAUAUGCAUGAUCUGGUGCAAGAAAUGGGACACUACAUCGUUAGAGGGAAACACCCUAACAACCCUGAAAAACAUAGUAGAGUUUGGAAGAAGGAAGAUAUUCUAAAAAUAUGUGCCGUGGAUGCAACAAAGGAACUUGACAUGAUUGAAGCAAUAAGAUUUGAUUACGAUAGUGAUUAUCCAUCACAACAUGUUCCUCCUAUUGUUGCAAACAUGAAGAACCUUAGGUGGAUUGAUUGGAAACGUGAUCUUGCUAGUCCAUUGCCUACUAAUUUUCCACCAAGGGAGAUUUGUUGUCUAAUAUUGUGUUGCAUCUCACUCACACAACUUUGGGAGGGUUACAAGAUGCUGCCAAAUUUAAGAUCCAUGGAACUUUCUGGUUUGGAAAAGCUAAUCAUGACUCCGGAUUUUGAUGGACUUCCAAAUCUUGAAAGAUUCACGCUUAUUUGGACUUCGUACCUUGAAGAGAUUCAUCCGUCGCUUGGACACUUGGAAAAACUUGUUUUUUUAUCUAUAGAGAAUUGUUUCAGUCUUAAGAUGUGUCCACCCAUUACCCAACUAAAGAACCUCAAAACCCUUGAAUUCGGAGGAUGCCCAAAACUUUUUAAGCUCUCGGAGAUCCAACAGUGCAUGGACAAUUUACAACAUCUUCAUCUGGAUAAUAGUGGCAAAGAAGGUGCAUCCUAUAGGAGAUCUUAUACAAACUGUUCUGUUACUAGCCGAACAUGUGGUUGCAGAAAUCAUGGUGGUGACAUAAAAGUUAAGAAACCAGAAGACAACCUUAUUGAUGUAGAACAAUGUUGUUUAGAGGAGACUUGUUUCCGUCGCAACAACAUGAACCAUAUAGGGUUACAGUUUUUCCACACAGGCUUAAGAAAUUUGAAUCUCAGCUACUGCAAUUUAGGAGAUGAAGACAUCGGCUCUAAUGUUUGGGAGUUGCCAAACUUGCAGUACCUAUCUCUAGCAGCAAAUAAUUUUUCACGAUUAGAUUUUAAUUUCUUGCGACUUCCUCAGCUCAAAAAGCUAUUCAUUCCAUACUGCGAAGACCUUAUUGAGUUGUUAGAGCUCCGGCAACUUCCUCGGCUCAAAUGGCUCAACGUGUCAGACUGCAAAAGCCUUGUAGAAUUGUCAGAGCUGCCAUCAAGUAUAGCUGUUGUUAAUGCAGAUGGUUGUACCUCACUUGAAAGCUUUGGAGAUAUUUCAAACUGCAAGUGGUUGUCGAAAGUCACACUUCGAGGGGAGAACAAAUUAUGUGGCGACAUAAUACUAGGCUCCAUGUUCAAGGGAAAUGCUGUAGGAGAUCACUUUAUCAAUCUCACUCUUCAACAUCAGAUUCCAAAGGCGUUCCUAGGUAGGCUCUUUAGGAGGAAAACAUUUAGACUGCAUCUUCCGGAUGAUUGGUACAAUCAAUUUUGUGGGUUCUUAAUGUGCAUUGUUACUGACAUAAGUUAUCCGUAUAUUGAUAUAAUCAUCAAGCAAGAGCUAGAUGAAGAUUCACGAUUUGAGCUUUGGCGUGAUCAGUCUAAUGAAGCAGCUGUGGAGCCUGAACGUGAAGGAACAUUGACAUUCAUAGGAUAUGUUUCAUUUGGUUUAUUGAGGCACACCACAUUGUGGAAUUCAUCAUACAAUAUGAUUUCACUUUCCUUAAACAUCAUGUCUUGGCAAUCGUAUGCAGCUAAGAGUUAUGUUGGAGUUGUGCUCGCUCGUAGCCUUAGGAUAACUAAAGGUCAUCAGAUGCAAACAACAGAUCGCUCAGAAUUUUUUGACAAGGAACGCAAGCAUGGAAAUACAUUUACGAUCCAACAAGAUUCACAGUCUUCUAUCAAUAUCUUAUGGAAACCUUUCAACAACAAGUUUUGACAAACCCAUUCCCACAAGUAACAUUUACUUUUAUAUAUUUGUUCCUUUGAACCAGAGUCUACAAAAUGACAUUUCCAUAUAUUUCCCACUUGCCCACUGAUUCUACCAUUACGAUUAGGUAAAUGCAACAGGAAUUAAUCACUUUAGUCUUAACUUCUUAGUGAUAUGUUUUAGGUUUGUGGCUUUCUUUGUAUUCCCUUUUUUGACCAUUAUGAAUCCCCCCAAUUCCUGCUUCUCUCACUACAUUUGUGGUCUUCUCUGUUUCUAGGACUGUGCUGCUACUUUACUUUUGGUUUUGACUGUUACCAGAUACAAUCAACUACAAAUAUAUGGAUAUUC